AUGAAGCACUCGUACGAUCCAUUUCAUGUCGGCGUUCUACGACUGGCCUUGAACCACGAACUUCUGAGAAUCAUCCAGGAGGGUAUUCAGCAAUGGUAUUCAAAGGACUUGGAUUCAGAACUGGGAGGCCUGAGCAGGAAAAUCAUGGAAGUUCCCCCCUAUCCAACUAUUAUGCAGUCCUUCAAAGAUACUGUCGUCCAACUUCGCGAGCUCUAUUUCGUCAGCUCACGCUGUCGCCGCCAAAAUUUCGAACACACCGAGCUUGACUGGCCGACUUUCAAUCGAUCGCUACCAAUCCGGCCACCCAUGCCUGCUUUUGAGAUAUACACUCAAGACCCACGCUCAAUCCAGGCAGACUUGGGCCAAUUAUUGUUGGGGGAGAAUCCACGCGACAUGCCAUUCCGAUGGCGUGAAAUCCUACAUCAGCUGGGGGUUUCGCCUGCUAAUAUCGAUUACCAUUUUAUGCUGGCAUCGGAUCCUCCCAACCAGUUUGCCAUUACCAAUCGGAAGAACGCGACGGAAUUCGUUCAACAUGAGGAUAAUGAGUGGACUGGUGCAUGGCGGCUCGGGAAUAGUCUGCGGAAUGGUAAUUGGGCUUUACGGUAUAUGGAGUACACCGAUCGGUUUUUCGAAUGCGAGAUUGGAGCGCUGCAUGAGAAGAAUCUCAAUGAGGACUUGACCAAGGCUGUCAAGCCAGCUUUUGGAUUCUGGCUGUUUCCGCUAAAGGCGAUCUGCGAAUGGCCAAACAAGCCGGAGGAGAACCUUGCUCAGCCAUGGCAAGGAGUUUCUUCCGGUGUGUGCUCGAUGGCUAAGCACCCUCCUGCGCUUGCGUUGUCAUUUUUACCGUAG